UGCAUUGUUUUGUCCUGCAGUACUGCUGCUGACCACUAGAUGGAGCUGUGCACAGGUGACUAUUUCUCCCUCAGCGGCCCUACCAGAAGCUGCCACCUCAUCCCCGCUCCUACAGCCCAGUCCCACCGCUACAGUGCACACAUUCAGCACCACAACUCCUGAAAGGACUUUGUCUUCAGUUUCCUUAGCAUACUCAAGUUCGAGCAAUCUACGUCUAGAAACAAGCACAAGUGACUUAAACUUAAAGACAAUCUUGAGCAGCACAGUACAAUCUUCAACGAUCUCAAGAAACACAGGACAAUCUUCAAGUGUACAACAGAUGUCUGCAUCAAUGACUGCAUCUGUCUUUCGCAGUUCAACAAUCGUUCCAUCCGAACAAUCGGUCUCAUACCACAGUUCAGUCUCUUACCAGAGUUCAAUCAAUGACCAAAGUUCAGUCUCUUACCAAAGUUCUGUCUCUCACCAGAGUUCAGUCUCACCCUACAGUUCUGUCUCUCACCAGAGUUCAGUCUCACCCUACAGUUCUGCCUCUACAGUUUUAAAUCAAACUGCUGUGAUGCCCAAAGCAGGGACUUUAGAAACCAGCACCUCUGCGUUCUUUUCAGCAGAGGCUAAGACAGUCUCCUCCAUGGAGCAAAGUUCUGCUUUCAUACAGCCAACACCGACUAUCAGCUCUACAGAGCAGAGCUCUUUAAGAACUUCUAUGUCAGAAUCAUUUUUAUACCCGUCACCAUCUCCGAGUGUGGCGUCUACAAGUGUAUACCCACCUCUCAGCACAGAGGUGCUCCCAAGUUCUGUAAGACUUGUGGAAAGUUCAAAUUCAAGCCUGUUUCCCACCGCAAUGCCCAGUUCCAGUGCUCUACUUCCGUCCUCAGAGUUCAGACUCGCCAACGAGUCUGUGUCCAGUCAGGAACUGAUGUCAAGUUCGAGAGGAUACUCUAUAGAACCCACCGCAACACAGCCAUCGACAAUCCCACCAAGUUCAACCUCAACAGUCUUGUUUAAUGCGUCCGAUACGAUUUCCUUUUCUACUUCUUUGCCGACGUUCACUCCUACCAUUGGGUCAACUUCGUCAGUGCUCCUUCUUUCUUCAACUGCAGUACCGAUUAGUACUCAAGUAGUGCCAAGUACAUUCACAAGUAGAUUGUCGUCGUCCGAUGUAACUCUCGUACCAACGCCAUCUCCAACCCCACCUGUUGCCAUGGUAACAUCCAUGACAUCGUCGACGAGCAGUGCGGUGUUGAGACCGUCCUCUGUUGCCAUGGUUACAAGCAGUGUUGCCAUGGCGAUGACGAGUAGCGUGAGCCCUAACGGUACGGGAGGAGGUAUCCAGGCCCCUGCUGGUUCAGGUGGUCUGCCCCUAGCAGUGUUGGUGGGGAUAGUUAUCGCCUGCUGUGUCUUUGUCACUAUAUGUGUUGUGCUGAUGAUCCUGCUGUGCUUUAAGAGAGGAGGCGCGUACGGAGCGGGGUCAAAGAAACCCAGCCCUGCUAACGGUGGACUGUGGGACGAUGGGGUCACCCUCAGCUAUAUCAACAGCCAUAUAGAACUACCCAAGGAGCAGGGAGAGGAGAUGAAGUCGUUAGAAGGAGAGACGGACGACCCCACCCCUGCAGCCUUCACUAACUACGGCUACACUGACGAGUCAAACACAGUCAGCACCAGACUAUAGACCUAUCGUCAUUGUUUAGCUGUAAAGUUUAAACUUUGUUCUAAUGCAAAUUAAAGAAACUCA